AGCGCGGUCCUUUCCUUUCGUGCAAUUCGUAUCGGAUUUAAUAUAUACAUUCUCUUAAGUAUUUAAAUGUGAUUGCUCGUACCCUCGCGCCACAUACAUCUCACACAAUAACUCGCCUACCUUAUUUAUCAAAUUAUUCCGUUUAUAAAUAAAAAUUCAAACUCAAUUCGUCAUAUUAUUCUAACCCCGCCCCUUUAUACCAAUAAAUAAUACAAUAUGAAUAAUCCACCAGAUGGAUAUAGUACUGAUACUGUCAUGGCUGACUUUUAUAUCGUGACAAUUAUCCCUUUAACAUUGAACAUAUUGAAUUUAUUGGGAAGUUCUUAUAUAUUUUACCGUACUUACUUACGAUGGAAAUUUGAUUAUGAUAAUUUUAAUUUAUUAUCGAUUAAAUUUCCAUUCUAUAUAGCGAUUACGGAUUUUUUAUUUUCAGAAAUAAUUUUAAUUGAUUUUUCGUACACUGUUUCAAAUGUAUCGGUAUUGGAAACUUUCGGUGAACCUAUCGUAUGGCCAACCCCAUUUUGUGAAAUUCUUGGAUUUUUUAAUGUCUCAUUCACUCUAUUAAAUAUGUUAUUGGUCGGUAGCAUAUCUUUCGUAACUUGGUUAAGAGUGGUACAAGAAUAUUAUUUUGAUUGGGGAAAAUGUGAUUACAAAAUUUGGUUUCCGGUCGGCUUUCUAUCGUUCAUCAUUCCUAUGGUUUCGGUGCGCGAUUUAGGUGCUAAAAAAUAUUGGUGCGGAAUUAAAGACGGCAGUAAUUCAUUAAUAUCAACGUUAUUAUUAAUCACAAUUCUCCUUACGUUAUUGACUAUCGUAUUCUGUUAUGUGCACGUGUUAAAAACAUUUCAUGAUGUCAAAGAUGAUAAUUCAUCAUCUAUUGCGCAUUCGGAGGUCAAUGUGGAACAACGUAACAGUCGUAACAUUAUUGAAAAGAAAAUUUUAGCCAAAGUAUUGACAUAUAUUUUAGUCUUCAUUUUUCAAUAUAUUCCUCUCAUGUUAAAUGAUAUUUUUGAAUUAGUAAAGGUUCACUAUAUUUUGCUUAAUGCCAUCAGUCUGUCAGCCAUUAGUAUUGGAGGAAUAAGUAAUUUGUUCCAGUAUGUACGCAAUGAAAGAUUUUUAAUAAUACCUAAUAAUUCUAUUUUAAAUGGUUCUGACUCUUUAAAUAAUAAUAUCAACCUUGAAGAGAGAGAACAAACAAAAAGUUUAAAUUAGAUUAAAUUUGAUCUAAGUCAAUUUUUUUUUU